AUGGCGGACGAGUGGCUGGUCGACAUCGCGCUGAUCCUCUGCGUCAACGCGGCAGUGCUGUUGCUGUGCUGGCUGCGGGGUGCGCCAUCGAGCACUGGGCUGCGGAUCUCAAGCGACACAAGGAGAGCAGCAGCGAGCCCCAAUGGCCAUGCUUCGUUCCUCUACGCGGCGUUCCCGGGCCACUUCAGCAGCGGAUUAUGCGGGGAGGACCUGCAACUCGCAGGCGGCGUCGUGCUUGCAGUGGCCGUCACAGCGGCCGUUGCAGCGGAGGUGGAGGCCAUGGAGAGCUGGGGCGCUGAGCUUGCGCUGGGCCUCAGCUUGAACAUCGCGGUGGUGGCCUACUGCUGGGUCAGCGGCUGGAGACCCGUGGACACUGGCAGCAGCAUCCGAUGGCACGACGCGCAACGCGACGAGGAGCAGACCGACGACGAGGAUCGUGCCGACGAGAUACUGUGGAGCGGCGGCGUGGAGACGACGGCCGGGCUCGUCAUAGCCGUCGCCGUGAUGGUGGCCGUCGCGAUGGAGAUUGCAGCGGAGACCGGCGCUCGCGCCACCGCUUAUUCCAGAUACUGA